AUGGAGUCCAAACCCAUCAACUUCCUCUCAAUUCUCCUACCAAUCGCUGCUGUUUUCGUAAUUCUCUGCAGUCAUGGCGUUAGAGCUUGGACUGGCCAAAUCCAGGGAAGGGUGGUUUGUGAUGUUUGUGGGGAUUCUUCUGUUGGCCCUGAAGACCAUGUAUUAGCAGGUGCUGAGGUUGCUGUUCUAUGCAUUACCAAAGCUGGUGAAGUUCUAAACUAUCAGGCUUUCACAAAUCCUAAAGGCAUAUACACAGUGGCAGAGACAAUGUCGGAGGCUGAUCGCUGGGAUGCAUGCUUAGCCAGACCAAUCAGUAGCUACCAUGAUCACUGCACAAAAUUAGACGGCAAUGCUGGUGUGAAGUUCAGCUACAACCAUCCUUCUGGAUAUUCUCAUACCAUCAGACCUUUUGUAUAUCAUCCUGCCAGUGUGCCAACAUAUUGCAUAGGGAAAAACAAAAUUGACAGUCUCAUCUCCUAUUUGUUUGGAGGUAAUGUUGAGGAAGAGAUCCAUUGGAAUGAGUCAAAAAUCGCGACCAAACUAGAUAUUUUCUUUUGCGGGUCGCAAGGAAAUUUGACCAUUGUGGGUUGCUCCGCUGCGAAAUCGGUCAUCUCCAAUACUGCUAAUAUGAUAGGUUGGUUUAAUCAGCUGCGAAUCGCUUUCGGGGCUUCAUUCCUUUGGCUCGUUUGCUUGAUUUACUUCACCCAGGGUUUUAGAUCUUUUGUGUGGACUGCAGUCUCCUAUCAGCUGAAAGACAACCUAAAGUUAUCACCUUCAGCCUCCCAAUUCGUGUCGUCAAUUGCAUUUUUUCCUUGGAGUAUUAAGCCACUAUAUGGGAUCUUGUCUGACUGUAUACCGAUAAGAGGAAGGAAGCGGAUCCCGUACUUAUUCCUUGCCACUUUGCUCUCUCUAUUUCCAUGGAUCGCAUUAGGUGUAAAUUCAUCCUUGAGGAACUCAAGGUUGCAGCUCAUGAUUCUCUUAACCUUUCAAAAUCUUGGCUCUGCAAUGGCUGAUGUCGUAAUUGAUGCCAUGAUAGCUGAAGCAGUGAGACUUGAGAGGGCCUCAUUUGCUGGUGAUCUCCAGUCCAUUUCUUGGAUGGCAAUGGCCUUGGGAGGAAUUUUUGGAAGUCUGCUUGGAGGAUACGCCUUGACAGCACUGCAGAUUGACAAAAUCUUUCUCCUCUUUUCUGUAUUGCCAACCAUACAGUUAUUCUCAUGUGGUUUGGUUGAGGAGAAAUCCUUUCAACCUGAAUUUUCUGCUUCAAAUGUCUCACACUCUGCUAAUGAGAAUGGUUCUGCUCAUGAGGAUGAGUCCUUAGCUGCUAAUGCCAAAACUGGUGCCCUCAGGCGAAAAAAGAGCCAGAAAAAAACCAAAAAGGCACCUGCUGAUCUUCCAGAAAAGAAUAAGUCAUUAGCUUCUCGAUGGUUUUCAUCCCUGAAGAUGGCAAGUUAUGCAUUAUUCAGGGCUUUCCGCCAACCAAAAAUCAUAAGACCAAUGGCUUGGUUUUUCUUGGCACAUGUGACAGUUCCAAACCUCUCAACUGUCAUGUUCUAUUAUCAAUCAGAAGUCUUGAAAUUGGAUGCAUCAUUUUUGGGCACAGUUCGUGUUGUUGGUUGGUUAGGCCUCAUGUUUGGAACCUUCACCUACAAUCGCUUCUUGAAGAAAAUGAAACUACGAAGAAUUCUUUUGUGGGCGCAUGUUGGUUUGGUCUUCUCGGGUAUUUUAGAUGUGCUCCUAGUGUCUCGAACAAAUAUUUCAUUAGGCAUUUCUGACAAAGUCAUGGUACUUGGAGGAUCUGCUCUUGCAGAUGGGAUCAAUCAAUUCAAGUUUAUGCCAUUCCUCAUCUUAUCAGGGCAACUUUGCCCACCUGGAAUCGAAGGAACUUUAUUCGCUCUCUUUAUGUCUAUAAACAACUUCGGUGCCACGGUGGGCAACUUUGUUGGGGCAGGUUCUGUGCACUGUAAUCCCAGUUUUGUUCCUGUUUAUGAUACCAAAGGAAGCUACUGGAAUAUCGGCGUAGUUCUCAGCCGAGGAAAGCUUAUUGUAGACUGGUCCGCUAAAGAAAAGGGAGGGAAACGAAACGAUCGGAGAAUGAGGCGUAGACCCGGAAUUGGUGGCUUGCAGAAUGCCGCCGCCGCUAGAGAUCAAUACCGGUUGCUGGGAGAGAAUGUGGCUAAGCUUAGAACCGAUCUUAUGAAGGAACAGCUCGCCACUUUUCGCUCUCAGCUCGAAGAUUUCGCCCGUAAACACAAGAAUGACAUUCGAAAAAACCCUGCUUUUAGAUCACAGUUCCAUGAGAUGUGCGCUAAAGUAGGAGUGGAUCCCCUAGCUUCAAAUAAGGGUUUCUGGGCAGAGCUCUUGGGGAUUGGUGACUUCUAUUAUGAACUUGGUGUUUUGAUUGUUGAUAUCUGCUUGUCAACUAGAGCUGAUAAUGGAGGUCUGAUUAGCUUGGAGGAACUCUGUAAACUGGUUCGCCAUAGGCGCAAGAGUGCACGUGAACCUAUAUCUGAGGAUGACUGUUUGCGUGCCAUUAGUAAGUUGAAGGUACUGGGGAGUGGUUUUGAAGUGAUCUCCAUUGGAAAGAAAAAACUUGUUCGGUCUGUCCCAACAGAACUGAACAAGGAUCAUAAUGAAAUUCUAGAGCUGGCACAGGGCCAAGGCUUUGUAACAGUUGAUGAGGUACAGAGAAGGCUUUCAUGGCCUUCUGGACGUGCCACUGAUGCCCUUGAAACUUUAUUAGACGAAGGUCUGGCCAUGAUUGAUGAUGGUCAUAGAGAUGGCAGGCGCAGAUAUUGGUUUCCCUGUGUUUCGCCCAUCUCUUCCUAUGCGGGAGCUGACACACUUUGAGGAUUUCAUCUUUGAUACAAAUGUGUAUUUUAAGUUUCUGAAGAUGGACAUCAUGAUGCUCAGAAAAACUACGUAGGCACGUAUUUUUCUCUCCUUAAAUGUUACUGCAGUGGGAAAUGGUUGGAAUCUUCUUCUAAAUAUGUGAAGUGCAUCUGUUAUGGUUUGGAUGGUUAGAAAGGGUUUGAAUAUACCAUCUUUUAUUCUUUAAAAUUUACCAAGGUUUCCGUGGUUCUGGGAUUCGCUGGUUGGUGUCUGACGGCUUAUAUGCGAGUACGUGAUAGUUAUUGUUGUACUCACUGGUACGGUAGAAACAGAAUGGAGAUUGCUUGAUUUCCUUGUACAAACCAUGGCGAGGUUGAAGCCAAAAUAUAUAAUGAGAUAAUGAGAAACUAGUCUCUGUAUUAUUUUGUAACGAUGGACUGGAAGUGUUUUUAACAACAUUUGGAUGUUUCAUUUCAUAAAUGCUUGGCUGCUUUUCGUUCCUAACAUUCAUUUUACCGAAGGAAAGAAAAAUGAAAAUCAUACAAGAACCUCCAUCUUUCUCGGAAGAAUAAUUGGACAGAUGUCAGUAACUAGUGUGAUGUUUUCCAAUUUCAUUGAAUAUAUGAACAAAUCAAGGACAUAUUAAAGCUAUAUAUGAAAAUGGAAUCAUUGCAGCACAAUCAGAGAUGAAGUUUCUGUAUCUUCAGUCCACUCAGAGGUAGGUUCACUCCAGGACCGAGGUCGUACUCCCAGCUUGAAGAACAAGACCAUUUCCAGGGCUUCAAAGACCUUGUACUUGUCCAGAGCCGGAUUCCAGACACCACUAACAAUACAGUAAUUGUUGUUAUAAGGUGCCCUGUGAUGAGCACCGUGCAUUGAUCGCGACACCAACACACCGGCAUCCUGCAGGGCAACUACCAUCGGAGGCAGCUUGCUCUUUGUGCCAUGAGCCCACGCGUGGAACUGCUGGCUAAACAUAAUGCAACCCGAGCAAACACCAACGAAACUAAGAAGAACCGGAUCAUUGCAGAUAAGGUCUAUAGGAAGAACUGUGAAGGUAACUGCCCGAGCAAGAGCAUGUAGAUUGUUAGCGAAUUGACGCAUUGUUAUUGUCCAUGGCCAUUUAUGAUGACCUUGAAAUGCUUCUAUCUGAUUGCCAAAAACAGGGGUCUUUUCGCUGCCAUAGUUAUCAAUGCCCCAGUGAUAAACUCCAGAGCCGAGGUCUGCAAGCACAUAGCCAAGCAGCCCUGCUAAAAUAGGCUCCAGCCAUAUAUGCGCCUCAGCAGAGCCUGUAAUCGACUUUGCCAGGGAAAUGAGGACAGUAGUGCAUCCACCCGCCACCCAAGCACGCUGUGGCCAUGUCGAUUUCAAGCUGGGAUCAUUGAGCAACGAAGCGGGCGUGACAGGGGUGCUUGGGUUCAAGAUCCGUAGCGAUUCAGCAACGAGUAGUUCGGGUUGGCGGGCAGCAGGCUUGACACUGGUGGUGGUGGUGGUGGUGGUUGUGGUUGUGGAGCAGGAGAUAUGCAAGGAAGUGGGAGAAUGCUGGAUUUUAGGAAGAUGGUGGUGGUAUAAGGAUCUAGGUGGAGGGAAUGCAGCCAUUGAAGCAGGUUUUGAAAACAUCAGAAAGAAACCAUCAGAGCUGAAGAAGAAAAAGGAUUGGCGUUUGAUUAAUAAGAGGUUACGUAAGAAAAGAAAGAGUGCACACAAUGGCGAACAGGAGAGUGGUGUUUUCUUAUUUUAGUGGCUCGAAAUCCCCUUUUUGAGUGUACGCAAGUUUGUGGUUCAUGCUGCAUGAGAUGAGGCUUGUGUAGGAUAUAAAAAAAUUGCAAGGUUGAUGUCUACUGAAUAAUAUUGUCCAAGACCUCUCUCUCUUUUUCUUUUUCUUU